AUGUCUCAACCGCAGCACCCACAGAGCUCUAUCCCAGGAUACCGCCCUGAGCCCUUUCUUACCCGCUCCAAGAAAUUCUUCCUGGCCUCCAUCAUCCUCGUCCCCACAUUCAGCUACCUCUGGCUCCGCCGCCUUGAAACCAAAUCGCGAGAACGGACGAGACUUCUCGAAGAAGAAGGGCGCCGGAACUGGAUCCAAGCCGAGCGCGAACGGGGCACCCAGAAGGAUCUGAGUGUUCCCGUGACGAGGAGUGGUGGUGGUGUUUAG